AGUUGUGUUAUAUAUAUUGAUGUACAGUAAAACUGUCCAAUGUGAUGACUUUUACUGCUAUGCAAAUGCAGCACAAAUCUGUGAGGGUUCAUUGAAAACAUUCUUUGAUACGUCAACUUAAGAAUUAAGGUAAAGUUAAAUGUCAACAUUUUUUGCUGUGACGGAGGUGCAAGCUCAUGUAGGAGAACCCGUUUGAUAAACAUCAGAAUGCCUGGAAUGGUUCAAGCUUUGUCUUGACUCACUACUAAGUUGGACGUUUGAUUCUGGGCUGGUCGUCAGCGUCAUGGACGAGUCCGAGCCCCUGCUGGCCGCCAGGUCGGACCAGCAAAGACCCAGCCGCAAUGGCCGCUGCGGGUGGAGUCUUGGCGCUCCCAACAUGGACUCCGAGCUGGUGGACGACCUGAGACGCAGGCUCAAGUACUUCUUCAUGAACCCGUGCCAGAAGUACAAAGCCAGGGGUCGCAAACCCUGGAAGCUGAUGUUGCAAAUACUAAAAAUCGUCAUCAUCACCGCCCAGCUGGUCUCCUUUGGACUGAGCAACGAGAUGAUGGUCACGUUCAAGGACGAGAACUUGAUGACGUUCCGCAACAUCUUUCUCAAAGGAUACAAGGACCACCAGCUGGGAGGUCACGUUGUGUACACAAAAGCAGACGUCUAUGAGCACAUACGCUACGUCAUCGACAGAUACGCCCGACUUCAGAACCUAACCACUGGCAACCUGGCAUACGAGAGGACCGAGGGCAAGUACACGCCUCUGAUUGUCUGCCAGGAGUUCUACAGGAACAGCAACAUUGACCUCCAGAACGAGACCUUCUGCGUCGAUCCACACAUCGAUACAGAUUGUUUUUCCAUCUAUCCUGUGCAGUCUUUGGAAAACAUCACUUUGGCCACACCGCUCAACUUCUCUUUGGACUUCAGGAGGCUGCUGUCAGUUCAUGUUUCUUUUACUCUGAAAAGCAUCAACCUGCAGGCUGUCAGACACCACCAGCUUCCAGACUGUUUCGUCUUCCAUGUCGUGGUCACGUUUAAUAACCGCGCUCACAGUGGCAACAUAAAGGUGGCAGUUAAGAAUGACGUCGCCAUCAACCAAUGCAGAGACUGGAUUGUGGAGGGAACGUGCGGGAAGAAGGACUACUGGCUGCUCUUCUUCGACACGGCCGUCAUCCUCGCCUGCUUCACCUCGCUCAUUCUCUGCCUGCGUUCUGUCAUCAAUGGCAUCCGGCUCCAGUUUGAGUUCAGCACCUUCUUCCACACCCACUACAGUAAAAGGGUGAGAAUGUCGGAGCGCAUGGAGUUUGUGAACGGCUGGUACAUUCUCAUCAUCGUCAGCGACUCUCUCACCAUCGCAGGUUCGGCCUUCAAGAUCGGAAUACAGACCAAGCUGUUGACGAGUUACGACGUGUGCAGCAUCCUCCUGGGCACAGCCACCAUGCUGGUGUGGGUGGGCGUGUUGCGGUACCUUGGCUUCUUCAAGAAAUAUAACAUCCUAAUUUUGACUUUGAGGGCAGCUUUUCCUAAUGUGAUCCGCUUCUGCUGUUGUGCCGCCAUGAUCUACCUGGGCUACUGUUUCUGUGGCUGGAUCGUGCUUGGACCGUACCAUGACAAAUUCCGAACGCUGGACAAGGUGACAGAGUGUCUCUUCUCGCUCAUCAACGGCGACGACAUGUACGCCACCUUCAUGAAGCUGAGGAAGGACGGCUACAUGGUGUGGCUCUUCUCCCGGCUCUACCUGUACUCCUUCAUCUCUCUCUUCAUCUACAUGGUGCUGAGCCUCUUCAUCGCUCUCAUCACUGACACCUACGAGACCAUCAAGCAUCACCAGCAGGAGAAAGUGCCGGCGUCUCAGCUGCAGGCUUUCAUAGCUCAGUGCAGAGACCAGCCCAAGUCUGGAAGAUAUAUGAGUGAGCAGGGAGCAGAGUCCUGCUGCCUCUUUUCUUCUCUUUCUUGUGGCUUUCCUGAAAAAAUGUGACCUGGGAUGUAUUAAAUUCCCUCCUCAAUCAUCUCUUGUGUUAUGUUUUUGACAUCAUGUCUGCAAACAUGCAUAUUAGAAUUAUUUUGUUUGUCAACAAAAGAAACAAUCACUUUCCGACGGAGCCUGAAGACCUGGACUCAGUCCCCUCAACCUCGUGUUCGUUUGAUCGGAGGGAGAAGGAACUUGCCAGACAUUUGUAUCAACAAAUCGAGGCUCUCCCAGUUGUUGUCUUCUAGCCAGUUGGGGGAAUUUUACAAGCUGUUGUCAGCUUUUAAUGACCUCAUCUGUCUCUUUUUUGGAUGACUUCACAAGUCUUAUCUGGUGACUUUUAAAUUUGAUCAGUGACUCAACAAAGUCCAUGACAAUCCUUAAAUGCAGUGUAAAUCAUAAGAAUAGACAUAGCAAACUUGUAUUCAUGUACAUCUGCAUAAAUGUUGCAUUGUGUCAUCAAUAUCCAUCAUGCAAUGAUACGGAAACAAUGGCUAGAUGUUGAUAGUCCAACUCAUACAAGCUACAGAGAUGGUUAUAGUUUUAGUUUAUUUGGAACAUCACGUAUUUCCAGUUUCUCAUUACAACAUGUCCAAAAAGAAGUAGGAAGAAGCAGAGUUUAUAGAUGAAACUGUAAUUACAUUAGAUAGCGAUGAGCCGUCUGGGCCAGCAAGACCUUCUCUGCUGGUCUAACAUAACCACAAAUCAUCAUCAUAAUUAUAGAUACAAAUAUUUUUUAAUUGACUUUCCCUAAAUAUGUCAUAUUAUGCUCCUUCCAGUGCUGUUGUUUUUACUUUUACUUUCUAUCCAAUCAGAAUUCAGCUAGCUUAUGUUGCCAUGCUUAUGACGCCCCUGCUUAUUUCAGCAAGACAAUGCCAAGCCAGGUGUUACAACAGCGUGGCUUCAUAGUAAAAGAGUGCGGGUACUAGACUGGCCUGCCUGUAGUCCAGACAUUGAAAAUGUGUGGCGCAUUAUGAAGCCUAAAAUAGCACAAAGGAGACCCCCGGACUGUUGAACAACUUAAGCUGUACAUCAAGCAAGAAUGGGAAAUAAUUCCACUUCAAAAAUGUGUCUCCUCACUUCCCAAACCUUUACUGAGUGUUGUUAAAAGGAAAGGCCAUGUAACACAGUGGUAAAAAUGCCUUUUUUGCUGCCAUUAAAUUCUAAGUUCAUGAUUAUUUGCAAAAAAAAUUACGUUACUCAGUGUGAACAUGAAAUAUCUUGUCUUUGCAGUCUAUUCAAUUGAAUAUAAGUUGAAAAUAAUUUGUUGUAGUCUCUUUUUAUUUACCAUUUACACAACGUGCCAACGUGGGUUUUGUAGAUUAACAUUAUGUGAUUUUUGUAAAUGAAAUAAAUGGGGAGA